UGUUAUAAUUAAUUCAGUUAUGGCUUCUGAAUUACUUUUAUCAAUUUAUACCAAUUAUUUGGUACCUUUUGCACUUCAUGUUAAUGCGAUUGCUCUUCGAAAUAAGAUAUUGGCUCCUUUUUUCAAAGGUGCUACUGUCAAUACAAUUUUAUUAAUGACCGCAAGUCUCUAUAUAAGUCCCCAAAAAAAUGAACCCCCAAUGGUGCCUUACUGGAUUCCAUUUAUUGGCUCUGCCGUAACUAUGGGUAUAGAUCCUAUUAAAUUUUACAGAGAUAAACAAAAAGAG